UAUUGAAAUUCUAGAUCCAUUUUGGAAGACUUUUAAAGUUUCCUGUUAUAAUUUUCUUUAUACGCAAAAAAUCACAGGUCAAGUUAGUCUAUGCUGCAAGUUUCAAGAUAUUUUAUGAAUUUAAAGAUGAAGUUAUGAGAUUCGUCGGGUGGCAAUAUUGUUGAUUUCGAAGUUGACCGAUUUAGCGUCCUUAGAAACGCAGUUAUUUUUCUGUCGCCAUGUCCUUGUUCCAUGUGUUAUUGUGCGCGUUCCGUACUUCACUGAAAAAUUUAAUGCGCCCACGUCUCUGUUUCGUUUCGUUGUUGGGGUGUUACCAUGCCGAGCUAGAUUGCAUCCAACAACAAAAUAAACAAUUAGCUGCACUUGCGAGGUUCGUUUAUUUGGUCUUGAAAGAUUGAUUUGUUUAUUUUGGAAUUUCGAUCUGUAUCAUUAAAAGAAGUGAAAUCAGAACAUUUUUCGCAAUGGUUAGCCGUUGAUCCGGAACAUUGUAGUGGUUCUGAUUUAGGCCGAAUAUUGUUGAGAGAGGUUCCGGUACAAAAUGGUGGAGAACGAGCAGCCUGUCCAAGUUGUUGUAAGGUGCAGACCUAUCACUGACAAUGAGAAAUCGCGAGGUGCAACGAGAGUGGUAAAAAUAAGUGGAGAUAGGAUCCUUCUGCAUAACCCAUACCCAACAAGCGGCGUUAAAGAGCACAACUUUGCUUUUGGUCACUGUUAUUUUUGGGACACAAAAACUGACCAGGUUUACAAAGAACUAGGUGAAACUUUACUACGUCGUACGUUGGAAGGGUAUAAUUCAACAGUUUUAGCAUAUGGACAAGUUGGAUCUGGGAAAACGCAUACACUGACUGGUUCACUCGAAGAACCGGGUUUGCUUGCGCUAUUCAGCCAGGCGUUGGCCAAGAAAGUCGAAGAGUCAUCCAAGGAAAAGCGCUUUUUUAUGACUGUUUCGUUUGCAGAAAUUUCGGAUGAAUGUGUACGCGAUCUUUUGAAUCCAAGUGGCCGGGAUCUCAGGAUAAGAAAACAUCCACAGUUAGGCACUUACAUUGAUGAUAUUGCAGAGCUUACUGUCAGCACACAUGAAGAUAUUGUGAGACUUCAUGAGCAAGGUAACAAGGUGAGCAAAUUCACAGUCUCAGAUUUUGAGGCAUCCAGAGCCAAAGCAAGUACAGUCUUCACUCUCUCCUUUGAACAGAAAGCGAAAGGCAAAGGAGAAAAACAGGGUUUGCUUUCAAGGGUAUCAUUUAUUGAUCUUGCAGGGUCAAACCACUCUAGUCAGUCAGAGGACAGUAAUUUUGUUUCAAAAAGUAUUGCCUCAUUGUCUUCAGUCAUCUCCACCCUAAAUAACCAAAAAUCUUCAACCACACAGUACAGAGAAUCUUCACUGACCAAGCUCUUACAAGAUGCUUUGGGUGGUAAUUCAUUUACCACAUUUCUUUUGACGAUAUCACCAUCUGAUUCUGAGUAUUAUGAGAGCCUUUCAACCUUGCAAGCUGGUACAUUGAUGCAAAAUAUCAAAACAGUGCCUCGCAUUAAUCAAAAUGACAAUACAGCUGUCAUUUCAGAACUCAGAGAAAAGAUAAACAGGUUAAGAGACAAAAUGGCAGGUACAUCUGGUGUGAUUACUGAUAUGCCAGAGCCUAGUGAUGUGGAGCGUAUGGAGGAGCUCAUUAAAGAUUUGCAAAUUGCAAAGUUGCAAACCUGGGAAGAGAAGGAAAGGCUAUCUGAAAUGUAUGAGGAAGAAAGACGUCAUCAUUUGUCAAAUAAAGGGAUAUUGGAUUGGGUACUAGAUUCAAUGAAAAAGGAAAGUAAAGAAAUUCAACAGAGAUUGGCUACAUUGCAGAAAGAGAAAGAUAAGCUAAUGAUUGACUACAAGGAGAAAAGAAAAGUUGUUGAUGACUUGAAAGAUGUGUUGCAAAACAUGAUAACUGAGUAUUCAAAACUCACAGAAAUCGGGAAAGCAGGGGAUGAUGAAGGAAAAAAGAAAGUUGCAGAAAUUCAUAGUUUGAAAGAGCAGUUGAAGCAAGAGAGUGAGCAAAUGAAAAAGUUGAAACAGCAAUUAAAAGACAUCCAGGAAAAACAAAAAAGUGAAAAGGAAGAGGCAAAGUCACAGACAUCUGGAAUGAAAGGCAACUGGGAUUUGCUGCAGAAACUAGAAACAGAGCAGAGAGAAAAGUUAGAGAAAGAAAACAUAGCAACCCUUGCUGAUGAAAUGGAUAGGAUCAAAAUUGAAAGUGAGCAGGAGAAGGCUGAUCUGAAAAUGAAGGUAGCCCAUGGAAGUCAGUACAAUGAAGAUCAAGCCUUAAAGAUUGAAAUGGAAUUGAUUGACUUGAAAGCAGAGAAAUCUGUAAUGGCAAUCAAACUCAAAUCAUUGGAAGCAGAGAAAAAGCAAAUAAAGAAGGAUCUCGAAGAAGUUUAUAAAAGACACAAAGAAGAACAAGAGUUACAGCAACUGCAACAUUUUCAGACUUUUAGAAAUUACAGAGAAGUGUUUGAAGAACAAAGAGCUUCACUGGAACAAAGGUACAGAGCCCUUUUGGAAGAUUCUAUUCAGGAUGCCAUUUUCCUGUCUUCAAGAAAUCAAGAAUUGAUUGAUGAAAAUCAGAACUUGAGGCAAGAAAUUGCUGAUUUAAGAGACCAAAUAAGCAUGAGCGGUGAAAGACCUACGUCACCAUUAAGUGAAUGAAAAAGCUCUUGAUACCAUAAAACUUUUAACUUUUUUAGACAAAACUAACUGCUAAUGUUGGCGUUAACAUGAUCCUUUAACAACCAUUCAUUGAAUGGUUAGUCACAUAAUAGAAUGUUUGAUUACCUUAUUACAACUAAUUUUUAAAAAGUUAUUGUUUUCAAUGUGAACCCUUAUUUCACAGAAGGUAUAAAGCAUUGGAUGUUUUAUGGGAGACUUGGGGUACCACUUUAUCUUAUGUCAACAAUGAGUUGUUGUGUCAUUUGAAAACUCCAUAUAGAGAUUAUUUUUGUAGGCAACACUUUUGAGUAAACUGCUAUAAAAUUUGUUGCAGAUUACAGCAACUCUUGAUUAGCAUUAUUUAUUUGUUGAAUAACGUAAUAAUUCUUCUUGAUUGAAAACCAGAAAGUAUACUGACUUCAAAAGAUUAUAUUUUGUUUCAGCUAGUGCAUGGUAUGUGUUAGUUAUAAAUGUAAUAUAUGUACACUUGUUCCUUAUAGACCAGCUUAAAAAUGCAUUAAGACUUAUGUACAAUUAAUUACUUGAUCAAAGCAGGUCCCUGUCCUUAGAGCUAUCAGCGAUGCUAAUAUUCUUUAAUGUCAAAGUCUCAGAACACUCUCCUAUGGAAGUAAUAAGAACAUGCCUUGAAGUAUAUCUAUUAACCAGAAGCUAUUAGAGUUAAACUUUCCUUACAACACAGGUUUAUUAAUCAUUUACCGAAAGUUGCAACACAGGUUUGUCAUAUAUCUAUUUACCAAAAGUUGCAACACAGGUUUGGUAAUUUAGGAGUGUCCCUUGCAAACUUUAAAGGAGGAGGGGUUAGUUUUCCCAUUUUAGUAAAUUGAAUGGUCAAAAAUUUAUCAUUCACACUUUCAGUUGACAAAAUUUAUUGCAAACUGUCCUUGUGUAUGCCUUGCAAAUAUUUUUGUCAAUUAGUUAGGCUGGUAAAAGAGUGGAAAGUUUUAUGAUACAACCAUCUGCGACCAUCAACUAUGUA